GGACAGUCACUGUGGGAAGUUUGAGUGUCAUCAGUUUCAUCUGCAGAAAUAUUCAGUAGCUCACUUCAACCUGAUGGCACAUGCAGCUCUACAAAAUGUCAAGGAAUUCAAGAGUAAAUAUUCCUUCUACGAGUUCAGGAGGGAUUAUGUCUUCAACAUCAGUUCUGAGCUCAAUUUCAACACAAGCCGCUACAACCAGAUUGCCAGUGGAUGUGAUGAUUUUUCUCAGACUGAGGUGAAGGUGGAGUUUGUCGUUCCUCCCAGUCUAAUGCUGAUUGUCUGCACUGGUGCAGUGGGCGGGCUUCUCCUCCUCAUUAUAAUAUUAUUCCUUCUGCUGAAGUGUGGGUUUUUUACACCAAAGCGUCCCGAAGUGUAUGAAAAUAGGAUGGUGAUUCUCAUCAACUUCAGCACUACAGAAAACUAAAGUCUGAGUCAGUGUUUUGAAGGAGGCCUCAAAACUGAAGAUUCUUUUUUAUGUUGAUGUUUUAUUGCUGAAUAUUA